AUGUCGUUGUUCAAGGAUUUGCUCGAGUUGGUCACCCCCGUGGCCUACGCCGAAGAAGCUGAAGAAGAAGUUGACACCCCUGAAGCCGACGCCGGCGCCGACGAAGACAAGUCGGAAGUAGAAGAAGAAGCUGAAGAGGAAGAAGACGCCGAAGACGAAGAAGAAGACGAAGACGAAGAAGAAGAAUUGGAAGACCCCCAAGAAGUGCUCAGAGAAGAAUGCAAGAACCUUCCUGAAUGCCAACCUUUCAACCACCACUUGGAAGAAUGCAUUGAGAGAGUCACCAAGGCCCAGGAACACCCUGACUACCACAAGCAAGAACACCACGAAGACUGUGUCGAAGAAUUCUUCCACCAGCAACACUUCAUUAACGAGUGCAUGGCCCCCAAGUUGUUCCACAAGUUGAAGUAA